AUGGACGUCACUCACGAUCUUUCGUCAUCUCGCGUCUUUCUUGCCGCCGAAGACGGUCAUGCCGAACACGACCUACCCCAUCUCAAAGCCAGGAGCCGUAGCAACACCAUUCAACGCCUCGUGGACAGACGCCCCUCUGUUGUCGAUCCCAUGGUUGCGCUCGCACGUCAAGAGGGGUAUGUUGCUGUGCUCGACGCUUCAGCAUGGACGCUUGAUCAUGUUCCCUCGCCCGAUGUCACGGAUAAAGGCACUGUGCUUAGCUUGGCUUACAUGGCCGCCAACGCCUACGUCGAGAAAGAGGAUGCUGCCGACUGGCUAGACAUAGGAGAACCUUUCAACCGCAGUGCAGACUUUGGUUGGCAAAGCGAUGGGCUGCGCGGGCAUAUCUGGGCCGAUCAUGACAACUCAACCAUUGUCAUCGGCCUCAAGGGAACGUCACCUGCCGUCUUCGAUGGCGAUGGGACGACAACCAACGACAAAAUUAACGAUAACUUGUUCUUCAGUUGCUGUUGCGCCCAGCAGGGUCAGUGGACGUGGCACCAGGUCUGCGACUGUGCCACAAGCACGUACUCUUGCAACAACACAUGCGUCACCAAAUCUUUGCGAGAAGAAAGCCGAUACUACGCCGCCGCCCGCGAGCUCUACUCCAACGUCACAGAGCGUUAUCCGGACUCGACGGUGUGGAUAGUGGGCCACUCAUUGGGCGGAGCUGUCAGCUCUUUGCUAGGUCUCACGUACGGCUUGCCCGUCGUCACAUUCGAGGCGGUUCCGGAAGCUCUUGCUGCGACUCGUCUUGGUUUACCCAUACCGCCGGGCUCCGAUCCCAAAGCCCCCCAAACGAGGGGAAAUACAGGUGCUUACCACUUUGGUCAUACGGCUGAUCCCAUCUACAUUGGCACCUGCAACGGCGCCACUGCGUCUUGCUCCUUCGCCGGCUAUGCACUGGAGACGGCUUGCCAUACCGGAAGCGAGUGUGUUUAUGACGUUGUCGCCGACAAAGGAUGGCGUGUAGGGAUCGGAACCCACAAGAUUCGAGCUGUCAUCUCUGACGUCAUUUUGAAUUAUGACGACGUUCCCGAAAACGACGACAACGUCCACGUCCACGACGACGACUCGUACGCGAACCCGAACUUCGACCUGCGAGACUCCAGGCUGGUGGGGCUGCCUCGAUACAACAACUACGGGAGUCACGGCUACAACCACCACGACCACGUCUUCGACAUCAACUUGCAAGACGCCGGGCUGGUUUGGAUGCAAGGACAAGACAACAACCACACACACUAUUACCACAACGUCGGAUCUCAUUUCAACAACCUCUACACCAACGGCCACGUGCGAAACACCGGGCAGGUGGUGGGGUUGCUGGGAUGA